CGGAGUCCCUGUGGUCUCAUUCUUUCACGUACUCUCACGUGACCCGUCCGGCGCGACACAAUUUGUGUGUCCGCGCUCACACGUCCCGGGCGCGAUGAGCUCAUUGGUCCUCAUGGGCGCCCUGCGCACGUUCGUCUUUCUGGUCGUCCGCCCCUUGAUGAGCUCACAGUUCCGCCGUGAUGUCAGUGGGGGCGUUGGCGUUGGUGCGUCUUUCCCAGAGCCACUCUCGGAAACACCGAUCCGGUUGGCGAUCCAGAGGCCUGUUUACACGCGCCACCCCUUGGCGGGCGGUGCUCCUCAGGCUUGUCCUCUCCCUCCCCUGAGAUCCGGCUCUUACCCAAGCUCGUAUUUGUGCGGCGCGCGUUGGCCAGGCCAGCGCAGAGAGGCUGGGCUUGUGGGCGCAGCAGCUCCGGAGGUCGAGCUGGGCUGAGAUUGCGGGCCGGCAAAAGCCGGCGGGGACGCGGUCGGGGCUAUGCUGGGCAAGGAUUACAUGCUGGCCAUCAUUCUGGUCAACUGCGAUGAUGACUUGUGGGGGGACCAGAGUCUUGAGGGGGAGCCAGGACUGCCCCCUGGCUGGAGGAAGAUAUGCGAUGCUGCAGGUACUUACUAUUGGCAUGUACCCAGUGGCAGCACCCAGUGGCAGCGCCCAACCUGGGAAACAGGAGAUGGAGAGGACCCAGGCACGAGGACGGAGAGGAUUUGGGGACUUCGGCCCCCCAAGGGGAGAUCCUUCUCCAGCCUGGAGAGCUCACUGGACCGCAGGAACUCUCUGUCCUGGUAUGGUGAGGAAUCCUACAUCCAGAGCAUGGAGCCAGGGGCUAAGUGCUUUGCAGUCCACUCCCUGGGUUGGGUAGAGGUACCCGAAGAGGAUCUGGUACCAGGAAAGAGCAGUAUUGCAGUCAAUAACUGCAUCCAGCAACUGGCCCAGACUCGCAGCCGUAGCCGCAGCCAGCCCCCAGAUGGUGCCUGGGGCGAGGGCCAGAACAUGCUGAUGAUCCUAAAGAAGGAUGCCAUGAGCCUGGUGAAUCCUCUGGACCAUAGUCUGAUCCACUGCCAACCUCUGGUGCACAUCCGUGUGUGGGGUGUGGGCAGCUCCAAGGGCCGGGACUUCGCUUUUGUGGCGGGUGACAAAGACAGCUGUAUGCUCAAGUGCCAUGUGUUUCGCUGUGAUGUCCCUGCCAAGGCCAUCGCCAGUGCCCUGCAUGGGCUCUGUGCCCAGAUCUUGUCAGAGCGAGUGGGUGUCAAUGGUGAUUCCCCUUGCUCCUCCCUAGACCCCAUCUCCCCUGAAGACCUACCACGGCAAGUGGAGCUGCUGGAUGCAGUGAGUCAGGCUGCUCAGAAGUAUGAGGCACUGUACAUGGGGACCUUGCCAGUCAACAAAGCCAUGGGCAUGGACGUGCUGAAUGAGGCCAUUGGUACCCUCACCACCCGGGGGGACCAGGAUUCCUGGGUCCCUGCCAUGCUCAGUGUGUCUGACUCUCUAAUGACUGCACAUCCCAUUCAGGUACCAGAAGAAGGUGAAGUUGGGGGCUGUGGAGGGGGUGGGAGGGAUGCUGAGGGGCUCAUUGCAUGCUAUUGGAAGAGUUCACUGGAUCCAGCCAGUGCCCGGUCCUCUAGUGACCAGGCCUGGUGUGGGCAGGCAGAAGCUGGUGCAGAGGAGGAACCACUAUGGCAGUGCCCUGUGCGCCUCAUGACCUUCAUUGGCAUUGGUCGUGACCCUCACACUUUUGGCCUCAUUGCUGACCUGGGCCGUCAGAGCUUCCAGUGUGCAGCCUUCUGGUGCCAGCCCCACGCAGGGGGACUCUCUGAAGCUGUGCAGGCGGCUUGCAUGGUUCAGUACCAGAAGUGUCUUGUGGCCUCUGCAGCUCGAGGCAAGGCCUGGGGUGCCCAGGCCCGUGCCCGCCUGCGGCUCAAGCGGACCAGCUCCGUGGAUUCCCCAGGAGGUCCCCUGCCACUCCCCCUGCUCAAAGGAGGGGUUGGGGGUGCAGGGGCAGCCCCUCGAAAGCGGGGUGUCUUCUCUUUUCUUGAUGCCUUUCGCCUGAAGCCCUCUCUGCUCCAUAUGCCCUAAAUUAAUCCAGGACUGGGUAAGGAGGCUCUGGGUCCAUACCCAACUCUGUACCCCUUCAUUCUCCAGGGGCCUGUAGCCUCUCACUCCUUGAAGCCUUCUCUGCCUGCUCCUAUGGCUCUUGCCUACCCUCUGUUUAUUGCCCAGUUUAUUAAAUGUUUAUAGGGAUGACUGAGAGUCCCUGCACCACAACCCAGGCCCCUGGCUGUCCUUUCCCUGGGUCCCCGUGUUCCAUGCCCCUGUCUGGCCC